AUGGCUUCAACCAUAGAGAAAGCUCCGCCUUUUACGAUUCAAUUGGUUGGCCCGACCGUCGAAGAGUUUAACAGGGAUACGCAAGACGCAGCACAACUGGCGAGAAUCUUGCCAGCAACCGCUCGCUCUGGGAGAGACGAGAUCUUUGGCCCUACCAGCGACUUACAAGAAUUCUUGCAGCAAGAGCUUUUUGUGAGAAAGAUUAAUGCUGUUCAAGAUUGGUUGUGGGCCUGCGGCCGACCUAUGCCUCCUCGGCCCCUGCAUCACCAACGAGUGCUCUCCCGAGACAUUAUUGUUACAGAGAACCCGGAACUGCAUCUCAUAUGGGGUCCUCAAGGAAUUCACUUGAAGCCACUGCCGGAAUAUCUACUAGACUCCUAUUUUUGGAAACAACACAUUCUGUCAAAUGCGAACCAAGAACACACUGAGCUGGAGCAAUGUGCUCGGGGAUUUUUAUUCUCGUACUGUGCUCUCAUCGGACACUAUAGCGAUUUCCGCAUCGCACGCGAAAAAGGACUAUUACCAGAUGCCGUGACUUGGGAGUACUGGAAGAUCCUUUCGAAUCAAAUCUUGCAGCAACAUUGCUAUUCGACAGUCAACCCCAGGUACUGGUACGGCGAACUCCGGUUAGGGCGCUUGAACAAGGUAUACCGGUUUCGAAAAGGUCAUUUAUUGAGAGGAUAUUCCAGGAUAUCUGGUUACGCCAUUUACGGAGACUUGAUUCGCGACAACUUUGCGUCACUAAUUACCGUGCUUGGUUAUGUGGUUAUCGUCUUAACAGCAAUGCAAGUCGGCCUGGCCACGGACAAAUUGGUUUCCAACAGUGCCUUCCAAGCCGCUAGUUACGGUCUUACCAUAUUCUCCAUCAUUGCGCCACUAAUUUCUGCUGUCGCUAUUUUAUUUUUUGUUUCCAUUUGGGUAAUUAGCAAUUGGCGCGCUACGAAGAACUUUGAGAAACGGAGAUUCGUGGAAAUGGGAGUAGAGCCGUUUUGGCGGGAUAAGUACUAA